AGAGUUGAGACUGCAGAGUGGCUUUGGGCUGUGCUGUCCUGAAAGAGGGAGAGGGAGUGUGUUAGACGGCUGUCCUGAAAGAGGGAGAGGGAGUGUGUUAGACGGCUGUCCUGAAAGAGGGAGAGGGAGUGUGUUAGACGGCUGUCCUGAAAGCGGGAGAGGGAGUGUGUUAGACGGCUGUCCUGAAAGCGAGUGUGUUAGACGGCUGUCCUGAAAGAGGGAGAGGGAGUGUGUUAGACGGCUGUCCUGUGUGUGACUGAAGAGAACAUGACAUGUUACAGCAUCACCAGUGCUCUACUGUGGAGGGGUCCUCUGGGUCUGGGGACCUCCACACUCACCGCACCGAAGAGAAUGGUGGAGCCCAGUCCCCCAGCGCUGCAUCUCCAUGCCAGCGGUGAUGUCAGCAUGGUGGGCGUCAGUGUGAAGUUGGAGGAGUCUGGAGGAGAAGGGGGAGGAGCCAAUACCAGGGCAGAGCAGCUCUCCUCUCCUGCCUGUGAUUGGUCAGGACAUCAGCCAAUGGAACGACCGGAGUCUAGACAGCUGACUCCUCCCCUCUCCCGCUCACCCUCAGAGGGCUCUCCUGGUAAGGAACAGCUUCUCAGACAGAGUCCUGUUGGGAUGAAGGGGGGCAGCAGGGGGUACAACCACCGACCAGAGGGACACAUGCACCCCACUGUCAGCGAAGUCAUGCCCACCAUAGAGAAGCUUCUGAGUGUGGACUGGAGGGAGACAUUUCUGGACAAAAGCCCCCUGGGAGGCAACCACCUGAAAGGCACUCCAGAGUCUCUGGCAGAGAAGGAGCUGCAGUUGUUAUUGAUGAUUAACCAGCUGGGUGGUCUGAGGGAGCAGCUGCUGGGAGCCCACUCUGAGCAGAGGAACAUGGCUGCCUUGCUGCUGGAGAAACAACAGCAGCAGAUGGAGCUGGCCAGACAGCAGCAGGAACAGAUUGCCAAACAGCAGCAGCAGUUGAUCCAGCAGCAGCACAAAAUCAACCUGCUUCAGCAACAGAUCCAGCAGGUUAACAUGCCCUACGUGAUGAUCCCAGCCUUCCACCCCAACACCCAGCAACUCCCUGUCACUGCCGACAACCAGAUGACCAUGCCUCUGCAGCCAAUCCCCUGCAAGCCAGUGGACUAUCCCAUGCAGCUGCUGCAGAACUCUCACUCCACCCCUGUGAAAAGGCCCAGUGGUACCUUCCGUCAGGAAGCCAGCCAGCCUCUGAAUCUGACCUCCAAGCCCAAGGGGAUGGACAUGGGGAAGAGCCCCAGCCCGCAGAUCUUUGAGCUGGGCUCGCUGACUCUUCAGGGUGGGUACAGACCCAGGGACAACCAUAGAGACAGCCCUUCACGGCCUGCACUUAACCUAGGUUUCCUGGGAGAGGGGGAUGUGGUGACCCAGGCCAUCCACGAUGCCCAGCAGCUGCUGUGGAGUCAUGGGCCGGGCGGAAGAGAGAGGGAGCGAGAGAGAGACUGCACUGCCAGGAUGGAGCAUAAGGAGUCUGGUCGCAGCGACAGGCUGCCACACCAAGACCGGGGAGAGAACAGACAAACCCGCCAAACCAACGAGGACCACCACAGCAGUGACUCUGAGGGCCCCCUGUCUGCUCCUGGUGUGGGGUUGUUUGCAGAGGUUCGCAGUCCCCCCUCCUCCGUCCACAUCAAGAGGCCCAUGAACGCCUUCAUGGUCUGGGCCAAAGACGAGAGGCGACGUAUACUACAGGCCUUCCCUGACAUGCACAACUCCUCCAUCAGCAAGAUACUGGGAACGAGAUGGAAGUCUAUGUCUAACCAGGAGAAGCAGCCCUACUAUGAGGAGCAGGCCAGGCUGAGCCGACAGCACCUGGAGCGUUACCCCGACUACAAAUACAAGCCCCGCCCCAAACGCACCUGCAUCGUGGAGGGGCGGAGACUCAGGGUGGGCGAGUACAAAGCCAUGAUGAAGAGCAGGAGACAGGAGCAGAGAGGGGCAUACACACACAGUCAAUCAGAGCCGCAGAAGCUGCACUACGCCCCAGGCGAGGGCCAAUACCCAGGCGGCGGUGGAACGGUCUCCAUGCCGACAGUGCCAUUCCACCCCGCGCUAUUGGAGCACUACCUGCCACGAGUGUUGGAGGCUCCGCCUCCUCGCAGACUUGACGGGCAGAUCACACCCACUCCCCUCCACAGAGAGAGGGAGAGACCACCGUACAGCGAGGGGGAGGAGAGUGACAGAGGAGAGAGGAGUGAGGGAGAGCUAGUUCUCCUCACUGACUGAGUGGGAGAGAGGAAGGGAGAGUUUUUAAUAGUGAUAAAGGAGUAAGGGAGAGCUAGUUCUCCUCACUGACUGAGUGGGAGAGAGGAAGGGAGAGUUUUUAAUAGGGAUACAGGAGUAAGGGAGAGCUAGUUCUCCUCACUGACUGAGUGGGAGAGAGGAAGGGAGAGUUUUUAAUAGGGAUAAAGGAGUAAGGGAGUGCUAGUUCUCCUCACUGACUGAGUGGGAGAGAGGAAGGGAGAGUUUUUAAUAGGGAUAAAGGAGUAAGGGAGAGCUAGUUCUCCUCACUGACUGACUGACUGGGAGGGAGAGAGAGGGAGAGUUUUUAAUAGGGAUAAAGGAGUAAGGGAGAGCUAGUUCUCCUCACUGACUGACUGAGUGGGAGGGAGAGAGAGAGGGAGAGUUUUUAAUAGGGAUAGAGGAGUAAGGGAGAGCUAGUUCUCCUCACUGACUGACUGAGUGGAAGGGAGAGAGAGGGAGAGUUUUAAUAGGGAUAAAGGAGUAAGGGAGAGCUAGUUCUCACUGACUGACUGAGUGGAAGGGAGAGAGAGGGAAAGUUUUAAUAGGGAUAAAGGAGCAAGGGAGAGCUAGUUGUCACUGACUGACUGAGUGGAAGGGAGAGAGAGGGAGAGUUAUAAUAGGGAUAAAGGAGUAAGGGAGAGCUACUUCUCCUCACUGACUAGCUGAGAGGAAGGGAAGGAGGGACAGAGAGAAAGGAGUGUAUGUGUAGACAACUGAAUGAAAAGGUGUGUGUGUGUGAUGAAGGGGAUCUUGGUCCACAUCAAGUGUGUCAGAGUUCAACGGUUAUAUCUUAGCCAUGUGAUAUGACCAUGUCAGCAGAGCCCAUGACAUGUUAGGGUUAGUAGGAGACAGUUGUUUGUUACGACGUUAAAGGUGUCUGACAGCUGAAUCUAAAAGAUCAUUGGUCAUGAAUCAUAGAUUGGUCUGUCCAUGUUGCUCGUAAUAAAGGUACAUUCACAAUGUGGAAUGAGUUGGGAUUAGACUUGGGGUACAUUACUGUCACCAACAGGCAUUGACAUAGAUGUUUCCCCUAAACACACAUCUAUUAUUUCUAGACCAUAUCCUUAAAAAUAUUAGGGCCAGGGUAUGAAACAUCUGAUCUCUCCCUAAUGACGUGGGGCGGCAGGGUAGCCUAGUGGUUAGAGCGUUGGACUAGUAACCGAAAAGGUUGCAAGUUCGAAUCCCCGAGCCGACAUCUGUCUUUCUGCCCCUGAACAGGCAGUUAACUCACUGUUCCUAGGCCGUCAUUGAAAUUAAGAAUUUGUUCUUAACUGACUUGCAUAGUAAAAUAAAGGUUAAAAAAAAAUCAGAUUUUGAUUCUGACAAGAGAGUGCUGCCCUCUGCUGUUUGGAAUGGGCACAGCACCAUGAAAUAUCCCGAUCGCUAGAAAGUAAGAUUAUUUAAAACAUUUUUUAUUACCAAUAUUUACAGAUGACAGAGGUUGAAUAACCCCCAUUAAUAGCAUAGGUAAUGAGAUGCACUCUGUCAGAAUGCACUUUCACUGAACCCUCAUCUCCUUUCCAAACAGACUCAGGCUGCACCAAAGUAGUCUAAAGUAUAAACUUGUCUCCUUAUAUCCUCUCCUUCAUAUGCACUGACAACAAAACAGGACAAGGCAAUAUGGGGGAUUCCUUGUGCGAGAGUUUCUUUCACUUGUCAAGUUCUUUCACAUCAGUGCAGGUGGAGUAAAGGAAGCCACUUUAGACUAUCAGGAUGCACCCAGUGUUUCAGUUUUUGCACUUGCGAUAGUAGUUGAUCAGCAGUGACAUCUAGUGUAAUGAGGAGAAAUGUCUAAGGAAUCUCCCUCCAAGCCCUUAUUCUAGAUUGAUCUCAUCCUUCUCUGUUCUCUAGUUGUGUGCAAGCUGUAUGUGAUGUGUGCAUAAUGUCUUUCAAUCAAUUUAUUUUGAACGCGGGUUUACAAUGUACUUGUCACAGAAUGUUAUACAAAUGUUCUGUAAAAUGUGUGUUUCUUUGAGUGUGUGGGUAUUGAACGCAAAGGUUGGCCUGAACCCUUUGUCUGUGUAUUCUGACACCCUGGCCUCUUGUCUUGACCACAGCUGUUGCUCUGUCCAUGUACUGCAGUUUGCCUUGACACAACAGUGCUCCAUCUCAAUAGUCUUCAUGCCGCUUCGUCUCCAUCUGCGCUGACCUGAAAGAACUGGACAGGUGAAAUUAAGGUUUUCAACCCAUGUUAUCAGUGCAGAUGGAGGAGAAAAACAGAAUAGGAAUCCAUUUGACUGUUGGGAUACAGCCUUCAUCACAAUGUACUGGACAGAAGAGGUCAGAUUUGUGGUGUAAUCGUAUUGAUAACUGAGGCAGGCCUGUGGUUAGUUGCUGUUACACUGUUGUAAAGCAUUUGGUGAGCAGGAUGAAGUGGCCACUGAUCUACGGUCAGUUUUACAUCUUUGCCUAUAACGUUAAGGACAACUUCAACCCAGAGCCAAGGGGAUGGCACUGUAUAGAGACUGUAUCAGAGAAACAUGUUUAUCUAAUUAUGACACAAACCCAGAAGAGAACUGUCACCUGUUGUCACCCCUGCUGUUGUAAAUAUAGAUAGAUUUUAUUUUGUUUAUAAGAGCCUGUGUAAUUUAAAGGUGUACCUUUUCUGUAUGUUUUCUAAGUUGUGGUUUUGUUUUUUGGAAAAUAAAUUUGGUUGUUAUCUUU